AUGAAGCGGAUCGUGCUAAGGAUGUCGGAGAUCUACGCCGGUAGAGAGCAGACCAAAUGUAUGCGGAUGACCACAUACGCGGAGUUGUUUUCAGGCUGCUUGAUUGCGGUCAUCGCCGCAGUUUUCGUUGGGCUGUUAGAAACAUAUGGCACCAGCAGCAACUUCCCGCCCGGCACCGCUCACGCAGUCGGAAUCGCUGCCAUCUUGGCGUUGACGGUCCUGGUGGUACUUGAUGGAAUCUUCUCAUGGUCCGCAUUCACAUCUCUUCGCGCCAUCCUGCGCAGCGUGCAGAUGGUCAUGCCGACCGAAUCCAACAAAAGCAUUGUGAGCAACUCCUUGGCCGUUGCGAAAGCAAACCUUUGGCUGGUUGCGCUCGCAGUCCUUGGCACUAGCAUCUUCUAUGCUAUGCUCAUUGUUCUUGUGGGUGCCGUGACCAUCUUCUACCAGCAUGAAUCCGAGCACCAGGAAAGCUAUAAGGGCUACGAAAGCUAUCCAGGCUACUCCGGCUACACCGACGAGCCCUCCGACCCGACACUGGUGCAGGGGAUGCUGCCCCUGAUGAUUUGGUGCCUGGACAGCAUCUUCAAUGACCUCUGCGCCGUCUACCUUGGCUGCGGUCCCAGCCAG